UCGCCUCACGGUGAAUUCAAACCUACUUUUUAUAACCCGUUUGAGGUGAAGCAUAGACGUCGUACUUCUCGUCAACAGUUGAAGGUCCUUGAAAAGGCUUUUAACGAAAAUCCAAAGCCCCAUGCUGCUGUUCGUCAAGCGUUGGCUCAAAAAUUAAACAUGACACCUCGUGGAGUACAAGUUUGGUUUCAAAACCGACGUGCAAAAGCAAAAAAACAGAAAACCACCGACGAUAAUCCUUCCCCCGAGAGCAACUCCGAAGGGUUGGCAGUAUCUAGUCCAAGUGACUCUUUGGAAACAUUCUUUUCCGCGGCAGACUCGACGGUAAAUGCGUCCGCCGAAAAUGUUGGGCCGGAAGGUAUUGAAAGCGAUUCAUCAAUAGAUGAUAACGGUGAUCAAGCAUUGACUGAUAGUAAUGUCAAUAGUCCUUAUUGCGAGACAUUUUUUGUGGACCAGCCAAAACCUGUUAGCGAGAAUCUCGCACAUGAGACAGAAAAUGAACAAUUGCCGAAGAGAUCUCGUCAAAAACCAAACAUUGAUCCUCUCAAAACUAGUUGGGAUACACCUGAAGAAUACGAGCACAUGGUCCAACGUAGACAAAUUCAUGACGGCGAGUGGAACCUUUCUUCGGCAUCAACUGUAGCAUCGUCUGAUUACGUUUAUGAUCACAUGGACAAUAUUAUUCCUCUAUCCACCCCACAGUCUGCCGUCACAAUCUCAGAUUACUUCCCUGAAUACGCGUAUAGCCCAACUGUUAGCUCUGUGAUCAGUGACAAGGAUACAAUUGAUAACAACGAACCUAUGAAUCCAGCGUAUGCCAAUACCCGCCGUAAUUCAUGUCCUGAGUUGAUGGCAUCAAUUCUCAACAUGAAACUUGGUACGCCUGAGGAGAAACGAUCUCUUUCUACCAUCAUCGAAGAUGAAACAUUGUAUAACGACUCCAACAUGUCUCAAUUUUUGGCUGUCCCAACGCAGGUCAAGCGACGAUUUUCCGAACCAAUCAACAGGUAUAACACACCUGGUGUUCCGGGAUUUCAUUCUGAACAUGGUCAGGAAUUGGGAACAACGAUGACGUCCAAUCAAACCGCCUUUACGUUCAUGUUAAAUACUAGCCAGCCGCAUGAUUCUAAUUCUCACACUGCGCCAGAAUUACUUCGAGGUCACAGUUUGGAUUCGACCGUUUGGCCCACUUUGAAGGGACGACAAGUUUGGAACUUUGAUUUGGAUUUCAAGCCAGCCAAAUUACCUGUCGUUGAUACCACCGAAUUGAAGGUGACGGGUUCUGGUACUAUUGGUGUAACUCACUGGACACCUAAUUCCGAUGCAAACUCCGUCAAUCCGAGUAUGACCAUGGCAAUGGCUGACGAAAUUGGUUUCGUACAUUUAUAUAAUAACUCAAAUGAUCAGGUUGUCUGA